AUGGCCGACUACCAAACCUACCAGCUCGGCGACUUCAAGCUCGUCAGCGGCGAGACCAUCCCCAACGCCUUCAUCGCGUACAAGACCAUCGGCGACCCCUCCCUCCCAGCCAUCAUCUACCCGUCGUGGUUCAGCGGCGCCAUCGCCGACAACGAAUGGCUCAUCGGCGAGGACAAGACGCUCAACCCCCGCAAGUACUUCAUCAUCAUCCCCGCCAUGUUCGGCAACGGCCAGUCCAGCAGCCCGUCCAACACGCCGCGCCGCCCCUUUCCCGCCGUCACCCUCCGCGACAACGUCACCGCCCAGCACAUCCUCGUCACGCAGCACCUCGGCGUCCGGCACGCCCGCUGCAUCCUGGGCUGGAGCAUGGGCGCCUGCCAGACGUACCAGUGGGUGACGCAGUUCCCCGACUUUGCCGACUGCGCCGUGCCCUUCUGCGGCGCCGCCCGCACCUCCCUCCACAACCAGGUCUUCCUCGAGGGCGUCAAGAGCGCGCUGCUCGCCGCCAAGGGCGCGUCGUCGGCGGGCUCGGCGCAGGGCGAGGCCACGCCGGCCGACGAGUACCGCGCCUGGACCGCGCCCGAGAGGACCGCCGGCCUCAAGGCCCUGGGCCGCGUCUACGCCGGCUGGGGCUUCAGCCAGGCGUUUUACCGGCAGAGGGUGUACGAGACGGCGCUGGGGUACAAGUCGCUCGAGGACUUUAUGCUGAAUUUCUGGGAGAAGUGGGCUCUGUCGAAAGACCCGGAAAACAUGUUGCUCAUGCUGGCGGGGUGGCAGGCGGGCGACUGCUCCGACCAGGAGCCGUACAAGAAGGACUUUGAGCUGGCUAUGCGGAGCAUCAAGACCAGGAUGCUCGUCCUGCCGGGCAGGGAGGACUUGUACUUUCCCCCGGAGGACUCCGAGUACGAGGUGCGGUGCAUGUCGGAGGGGGUCGGGAAGUGCGUCCCUUUUCCGUCCAUCUGGGGACACUGGGCGGGCGGGCCGGGACUGAACCCCGAGGAUCUCAAGUGGCUCGACAACAAGCUCAGGGUGUUUUUGGAGGAUGAGGCGACUCUGAUGAGCGAGGUGAGCGUGUCCAAGUGA